AUGCAGGAAUUAAUUGCUGUUCGUGUGAAGGAUGGGAUUUUUGCCGGAAAUUUAACUGCUUCGCAGGACCGCGAUUUUAUUGCAAUGAACAAAAUCACUCACAUCAUCAAUUGUGCCGGUGGUGAGUUACCCGACCUUUUUGUGAAUGAUGGGGUGAAAUAUCUCACAUUCCCAUGGAGAGACACGACGGGCUCAAUUUGUACCGCCGUGAUGUUUGAUAGCGCCGAUGAGAAUAUUGAAAAAACAGUACGUUUUAUAGAUGAGGCUCUUGACGCAGGCGACUGCGUUUUGGUGCACAGUCACUUUGGUUUGUCACGUAGUCCAGCGCUGAUAGCGGCAUACUUCAUUGUGAAAUAUGGCUGGAAGCUUGACAAUGCCCUUUCGUUUCUUGAGAUGGCACAUAAGGACAUGUGUAUCAAGCCACAUUUCUUGCGGCAGCUUCGUAUGUUUGCCAAGCGCAAUUCUGUAGAUCGUGAUGUUUUUGACCCCGAUGUAGACGACUCAGAGUUUGGUUUAGAUAAUGAUCAAUGGAUGCUCCGCAACACAUUGCUUAAUGGACUGACAUUUGAAGUUCAGGGCCAUAAUGGAUUGUACAGGUUGUGUACGAGUAAAGUGGAAUUAGGAAACCCGAUUGAAUUGCGUAAAAAAACACCGGCUAGAAAGAGCAAACGCAUUGUGUUUAUUGAUACAAAGCAAGGAACACAUGUGGACUCAGAAUCUGGAACACCAGUUGUGAAUGUACAGUCGUUGCAACAGCUUGACUCAAGCAAUCACUUUCUUGGGUAUCACGGUUCCGUGUCACUACGCAGUUGGCACCGUUGCAGUAGUAUCAUGAGUCGCUGCAUUACUCCGUGCAGCCGCCGUGCAGAGUCUGAUCCACGCACCAACCCGCGUGGGCGACAGGAGCUGAUUGUUCGCUCGGAGUCAAAAAUAGGACGCAGUGCCUCCAUGCUGGAUGGGACCAGUUCAUCAGCAGCGGCGCGUACGGCAAGUGGACACUCCACAUUGGAAGGAGGGAUGUAUGGGGGAAUGGACUCCCGCCACAUUGCACCGCCAAACACAGUUCACGCUCCGGGCCGAUCACCAUUUGCAGCACUUACCUCCAGUCAUAAAUACCGUAAAGGCUCUCCACUGCCUGCGUCCACGCAUGAUAAGAAACCUUCUCGUCUCUCCCAACGUCCCUCCUCUGCAAGUGCAUCGGAGGCCAAUUCUAGAAUGCGAGCUACAUCUAACCUGGUAGCCUCAAGGGCACCUCGCACCUUUGUAACACGUACCUCUAGUCCAAAUGCACUUGGAGGAAGCCUCACUUCCGCGUCACCUGCAGCCUCAGCUCGUCUCUCGAGCUACAAAAAUAUCACUCCGCAUCGAUCGCAGCCAGGGAAUGGGGUGGCUUCUGCAUGGGACAGCAAUAAGUCGCGAGAAUCGCCAUCUGUGGUGCAGCGGUCUUCACUCCGCAACAGUCCACAGGGCUCCCGCCGCGGUUCCCCUGCAGGUCGACCAAAUUCAGCCGUAGUGCGAGUUGCCUCGCCUAGUGGAGUUAGAUUGGAGAAUUCCGACAGCCGCAAUGCAAACGGAGGAAGUAAUGCCGCAAAAACAGGAGGGAGUGGGAUACUUCGUCGCCAAUCUCCCUUGGUUAUAUCCUCUGUUAGACGUUCUUAG